AUGAACGGGACAGAGGGACCAUUUUUUUACAUCCCUAUGCUUAACACCACUGGCAUUGUCAGGAGUCCUUAUGAAUACCCUCAGUACUACCUUGUCAACCCAGCAGCUUACGCCGCCCUGGGUGCCUACAUGUUCUUCCUCAUCCUUAUUGGCUUCCCCAUCAACUUCCUCACUCUGUUUGUCACCAUCCAACACAAGAAGCUGCGUACCCCUCUAAACUACAUCCUGCUGAACCUUGCUGUGGCUGACCUCUUCAUGGUGUUUGGAGGAUUCACCACCACCAUGUACAGCUCUAUGCACGGCUACUUCGUCCUAGGACGCCUCGGCUGCAAUAUUGAAGGAUUCUUUGCUACCCUUGGUGGCCAGAUUGCCCUCUGGUCACUGGUUGUCCUGGCUAUUGAAAGGUGGAUCGUUGUCUGCAAGCCCAUCAGUAGCUUCCGCUUCGGGGAGGAUCACGCAAUCAUGGGUUUGGGCUUCGCUUGGGUGAUGGCUUCAGCUUGUGCUGUGCCCCCUCUUGUCGGCUGGUCUCGUUACAUCCCUGAGGGCAUGCAGUGCUCAUGUGGAAUCGACUACUACACACGUGCAGAAGGAUUCAACAAUGAGUCCUUUGUUAUCUACAUGUUUGUCUGCCACUUCCUGGUCCCAAUGAUUAUCAUUUCUUUCUGCUACGGCCGUCUACUCUGUGCUGUCAAAGAGGCUGCUGCUGCCCAGCAGGAGUCUGAGACCACCCAGAGGGCUGAGAGGGAAGUCAGCCGGAUGGUAGUAAUAAUGGUCCUUUCCUUCCUGGUGUCUUGGGUUCCCUAUGCCAGUGUGGCCAUGUGGAUCUUCUGCAAUCAAGGAGCUGAGUUCGGACCACUCUUCAUGACCAUCCCGGCCUUCUUUGCCAAGAGUUCUUCCGUCUACAACCCAAUGAUCUACAUCUGCAUGAACAAGCAGUUCCGCCACUGCAUGAUCACCACCUUGUGCUGCGGUAAAAAUCCAUUUGAGGAGGAGGAAGGAGCGUCCUCUACUAAGACCGAGGCUUCGUCUGUAUCCACGAGCUCGGUGUCUCCUGCAUAA